AUGGUUGAUAAUAAUGAAGGAGUUAUACUUUAUUUUAGUUAUAGUCAAUACAUUUAUUCAUUCAUCCAUAAAGACAAUUUAUUAUCUAUAUUAUUGAAAUCUUUUUCAUCCUAUUUGCUAAUAUGUAUUUUUUUGUAUAGAUUAUUCUCAGCAAUAAAUAAAAUUGCAUAUUGUGUAAAUAAAAGUUCAUAUCACUUUGAAGAAAACUAAGGAGUUUUGUUAUAUAUUUUUUAUAAAAACAAUCAAUUUUAAUUAAAAAAUUAGCACAAGUUCUAAUAAAAAACCUUUUUAAAUAAAUAUAAAUACUAACUAGAUAAAAUGGGUAACUAAAUCAUGGGCAAUUUUAGAAAAGCCCGUUAUAAAGGAUUUACAGAAGAUCAAAUAAACUAUUUAAAAGAUAAAUUUAGUUUGAUGUGCGAUGACAAAGGGUUUUUAGAUGUAAAUAAGCUCAAAAAUGUUUAUAAAUGUGAUUUUGAAUAAGCUAAGAGGGUUUUUGAAUUUUUAGAUAUGGAGGGCAGUGGAACUGUAGAUUUUUAUAAAUUCACAUGCGGCUCUGCUAUUUUGUGUCAAGCUCCUUUAAAGGAAACCGCUUCACUAUUGUAUGAUAUUUUUAACAUCCGUAAAAAAGAUAAUAUCGCAGCUGAUGAAUUGAAGUUAUUUGUGCGUACUUAUAUGCAAUACUCAGCGUUUUUGGAUGAUUAGUCUAUUUAGGAAGAAGAUAUAGAUAAUAAAACAAAAGCAUUAAUGAAAAAAUGGGAUUUAGACAGAGAUGGUUAACUCAGUAUAGAUGAAUGGGAAGUUAUGCUUUAAAGAGAUCCUGAUCUUAAGUUUUAUAUGUUUAGAAUGGGUUUUAUUACUCGUGCAGAAAUGGGUUAUGAAGAAGACCAAUAUGAAGAUUGUGAUAGCGAUCUAGAAAUAGAACUAGAUAGAAAAAACAUGGAUAGAGAUGAAAGAAUAGAAAAGAUUAAAAGUGGUAUUGAGCAUAAUGAAAAAGCAGACGGAGAAGAUGCAGAUUAGUUUGAAAGUGAAGUAAAAGAAAAAGGUGAUUAAUUCCGUGCAAAUGAUAGCUGGAAAAUUUGUAAGAAUUUCCCUCCAAGCACUUAUUAAUAAAAAAAGAGUGAUUCUGAAGCUCCUAAAGCUACAUUAGAUUUAGAUUAUAUUCAUGGCUAUAGAUGCCACGAUGCAAGAAAUAAUUUGAAAUUUGGAGUUGGUGAUUCAAUUAUUUAUCAUACAGCUGCAGUUGGCAUUAAAUUAGAUCCUAAAUCAAAUAAAUAGCAAUUCAAUUUUGAACACAAUGAUGAUAUUACUUGCUUAGACAUUUCUUAAAAUGGUGAGCGCGUUGUGACAGGUUAAGUAGGAGCCAAACCACUAUUAUGUGUUUGGAAUACUACUGACAUGUCCACUCUCAUAGUUUUUUCUGGAGAUCUUUUAAAAGGUAUUGGUAACUGUUGUAUUUCUCCUGACGGACGUAUAGUUGCUGCUAAUGCCUUGGAUGAUUAUCAUACAGUUUGUGUAUAUGAUGUUGAUGCAGCUAUUGAAGCUAAGAAGAAUAUUAACUCAAAAACUACUGGUUUAGUUUCAAGCGGAAGAUGCACAAGAGCUGAAAUUUUACAUUUGAAAUUCCAUCCUACAGAAAAGCUUAUUAUAGCUGCAUGCAUGAAAGAAAUUUAAUUUAUCACUUAUGGUGGUAAAGAAAUUAAGUGUUAAAAAGGUAUAUGGGGUAAGUAAUCACCUUAAGCAGUUAUGGCAGUAACAUUCAUUAAUAAUGACUGCAUAACUGGUAUGUUUAAUGGUAAUAUCUUUACUUGGUAAGGCUAAAGUUUAGGAAAUGUCAUUAAAGCACAUAAUGGACCAUGCACAUCUAUUUCUAAUCGCAAGAAAGGAAAUGGAUUCAUCACUGGUGGUAAAAAUGGAGAUAUUAUGAUUUGGAAUGAAAGUUACAAAUGUAUUGGCACUCUUAACAUUUAAGACUGCUUUACUGUAAAGCUUCCCUAAAUUAAAGUCAUAUCUCUUUGCGAAAAUAGUUAAGGAGAUCUUUUAGUAGGUCUUCGUGGUAGUGAAGUUAUUUUGAUUAGUAAAGGAGAUAAAACAAAAGCUGCAAUCCUUAAUCAAGGACAUUAUGAUUAAGAACUUUGGGGUUUAGCCGUUCACCCUGACUCUAAGAGUUAUUUCACAUCAGGUGAAGAUAAACUACUUUGUAAAUUUGAUGUCAGCAGUAGAAAAAUCAUAUCUAAAACAAUAUUGUAAUAUGCAUCCAAGACUUUAGCUAUUUCUCCAGAUGGUAAAUACUUAGCUGUUGGUAUGAAGAAUGGCCUUGUUUAAAUUCUAGACCCAAAAAGUUUAUCUGAAAUAACAUAAAUUAAGGAAUUUAUCAAUCCCGAUAAAGAUUUGGUUAGCUAUAUGAAAUUCUCACCAGACAGUAAACAACUUUUAAUCGCUUACAGUCCUCCUAUUUCUAAUGUUCUUGGAUUUGAUGUUCCUUCUUUCAAAAAGAAAUAUGUAAUGAAAGGUUCUCCAUCCAGAAUUUCAUCAAUUGAUUUCUCAACUGAUGGUACUGCCAUUUAACUUAACAAUACUUCCUAUGAAAUUCUACAUUUUUCUACCUCUAAUGGAGUAUAGGAAAAAUCAGGUAUGACAAAAUAUAGAGACGAAAAGUGGGCAACUUGGAACUUGACACUUGGAUGGCCAACCUAAGGUAUUUGGCCUCCUUGCACAAGUGGUGAUGAUAUUAACAGUGUAGAUAGAACUCCUACUGGAGAUAUCCUUGCAACUGCUGAUGAUUUUAGUAAGAUCAAGCUUUUUAAAUUCCCUUGUCCUAUUGAAAAAAGCUCAUUUACCAAAUAUAAUGGUCAUAGCUCUCAUGUCACAAAUGUUAAAUUUACUUAGGAUGAAAAGAUGUUAAUUUCUACAGGUGGUGAAGAAAAAUCUGUUUUCUAAUGGAAAUUCCAAAGAGAGCAAUAGCAAAAUUAGCAAUAAGAAGAAGAAGAAGAACCUCAAGAAGAAGAUGAUGGACUUUUUGGUGAAGCAGAAGUUGAAAAGGGUGAUUAAGCUCUUGCAGUCAAGGCGUUCUUGGGUGAAGUUAAAAAUAGUACUCCUUCAAAUUAUCAACCCAAUCCUAAAAAAUAUAAUGUAAAACCUGAUGGAGAUAUUUCUCUUGAUACAGUACAUGGAUACAGACAUUUUUACAUCAAGGACGAAUGCAGAGAUAUGGUCAAAUAUUCUAGUGACUAUAAAAGCAUUGUAUACCCUGCUGCAGCAGUUGGUGUUAAAUAAGAGAAAAAAUUAGGUGGAUUAUAAAAAUUCUUUAUCAAGCAUGUUGAAGAUAUCGUGUCAUUUUCAAUACAUCCUACUCGUACUGUAGCUGCUACAGGUCAAAUGGCAGCAAAAGGUGCAGCAGCUAAGUGUCUUGAUUUAUUUGUUUGGGAUGUUAACACUAUGGAAAUUAAGGCUCACUUCAAUGAAUUCCAUAGAAGAGCAAUUGUUUUGACAUCUUUCAGUCCAAAUGGUUAACUAUUGCUGUCUGUUGGUCAAGAUGAUGAUAACUCUCUUGCUAUCCAUGAAUGGUAGGCUAAGAGAUUAGUUACUACAAGUCCUGUUGAUAAAGCUAAAAUCACAGCUGUAAUUUGGAAAAGUGAUACAGAAUUCGUUACUACUGGCUUUAAAGUAGUAAAGUUUUGGACAUUAAAUGGAAGAAACGUAAAGGGAACAAAUGGAAGUGUAGGUGGAGCUAAAUUUGUUUCAUAGUUUUGUGGUGUUUAUGUUGGUUAAACUUUAUUCACGGGCUCUGGCGAGGGUUAAAUAUUUUCUUGGAAUGGCUCAGCUGGUGCUGAAGUUAAAGGUGCUAAGCAUGACAAAAAAGUACAAAGUAUUAUUUAUGAUCAAACAUCAAAAUGUGUUUUCUCUGGAGCUAUGGAUGGAAAAAUUCUUAAGUGGUAGGUAGCAAGUGGAACAUUAAAGUCUGCAGGAGUUUAUUAUGAUUUAAAUACUUUAGAUUCACCAACCAAAUUUUAGUAUUAAUGCGGUGUAACUUCUAUUGAUACAGCACCUGAUGGUAAUAUGCUUGUAGCAACUAGUGGAGGAGAAGUAUAUGAAAUUUCUGGAAAGAACUGCAACUUACUCUUGUAGAGCCACUAUGAAAAUGAAUUGUGGGGUCUAGCAGUUUCACCUACUAAUCCUAAUUUGUAUAUCACUAGUGGAGGAGAUAAAACAAUAAGACUUUGGGAUAUUAAAAAAAGAAAAAUGAUAACUUCCACCAAGCCCAUGAAAAAUGAUGUAAAAGGUAUUCACUGGGGAGUUUAAAAUGGUAAAGAAUUUGUUGUUGCUGGAGAUGAUUUAGGUUUUGUCUAUUUGCUGAAUCCUUAAACUUUAGAAGUUUUAGCAACUCAUAAUUCAAGCUUUACAAAAUAGAAAGCUAGAUAGUCUACUUACUGGAUUGAAGAUAUUAAAAUAUCUCCUGAUGGUACUUAAGUAGCUUUCGGUGCUCACGGUGGUGCUUCUAAGCUUGAAAUAGUAAAAGUAGAAGGAGGAUAGAAGUUUGGAUCAUCAUUUGAAAUUAAUUGUGGUUUGACAUCUGCACUUCUUCAUGUUGACUGGUCAGUUGAUUCAACAGUUUGUGUUGUCAAUUCAUAAGCUUAUGAGCUUAAGUUUGUCUCUAUUCCUGCCAAGAAGAAUAUGGCUUCAUCUGCAGCUAAAGAUAUAGAAUUCGCUUCAUGGACUUGUAAAAUAGGUUUCCCUGUAUAAGGUGUUUUCUAAGGCGUUGACUAUACAGAUGUUAAUGCAGUUUGCAGAUCAUCUAGCGGAUUGUAUUUGGCUUCAGGAAAUGAUGAUAGUUAGGUUAAGCUUUUCAAGUAUCCAGUAGUUGUUGAAAAGUAAGUACACAAGGGAUACUACGGUCAUAGUUCUCAUGUUACAAGAGUCCGUUUUACUAUUGAUGAUUCAUAUCUAGUGUCAACAGGUGGUAAUGAUAAAUGUGUCAUGGUAUGGAAAACAACUUUUGGAAGUGGUGGAAAGUAAGACUUCCAUCCAAUGUCUGCAAUUGAAGAGAGUAAUAACAACAAUGAUGAUAUUGAUGUUCCUGUUUAAAAGAAAAAACCAAAGGGUGCUGAAAAGUAUGCAGAUUAAGAAGAGGAUGAAAAUUAAUAAGAAGAACAUAGCAAUGAAAUGUUUGGAUAAGAAGAUUUAGAUAAAGGUGAUGAAUUCAUGGCAGUAAAACCUUGGUUGGGUGCUAUCAAAGAACCUUCUUACAAAUACUUCAAGGACAAAAACUAAUUUGAAGAACCUCCUGUUACAAUUAAUCCUUAUUAUGUUUUUGGUAUUCGUACUAAGGACUAAAGAGGAAAUUUGAGAUAUACAUCAUCUGGUAAAAUUGUUUACAAUGCUGCUGCUCUCGGUAUAGUCUUGGAUGUCGAAAAUAAUACUCAAACAUUCUUUAACAAGCAUACAGAUGAUAUUAUUUCUCUAGAUCUUCAUCCAGAUGGCAACCUCGUUGCUACUGGUGAAAUAGGGCCUAAGCCAUACAUUUACAUAUGGGAUUCUGAAACUAAGGAAGUUAAAAAUUCUUGGAAGGGUGCUAUCCUAAAGGGUAUUGCAUGUCUUGCAUUCUCUCCUUCUGGUAAUAAAUUAGUUGCAGCUGCUAUUAAUGAUGAUCAUCAAAUUGGUGUGUUUGAUCUCAAAUCAAAUGCAGUCAUGGCUUUUAAGGGUGGUCCUGAAGUCAUAGUCGAUUGCGAUUGGGUUAAUGAAGAUAACUUUGUUACUGUAGGUGUUAAACAUUUUAAGCUUUGGGCACCUGCUGGCAAAGCAUACAAAGAGACUAAAGGUGAUAAAACAAACUUUGUAUUCUCAGGAUUAGCAUUUAUUAACAACUAAACCCUUGUAGGAACUUCUACAGGUGACUUAUAGGUUUGGUAAGGAAACAGUUUUACUCGUAACUCACAAGACAAAAAGUUACAUGAAAAGGGUAUUGAAACUAUCAGAGUCGAUCAAAAUUAUGUCUUCACUGGAGGUAAAGAUUGCAAAGUAAACAUUUUAGGAAAAGACCUAAAAGUUAUCACUUCAAUCAACGUGGCAGAACUAUUUCCAGAAACUCUAAGUGGUGAAGUUAGAAGUAUUUGUCCUAGUUAAGAUUUGAAGAGAGUAUUAGUUGCUACACUUGCUUGUGAAAUUAUUGAAUUCGAAGCAAGCCAAGUACCUUAUACUUCUAAUACUAAAUUUUCUUUUAGAAACUGCUAUAUGAAAGGCCAUUUCUCUCCUAACUUAAAGUGGACUAAUGAAGUUUGGGGUUUAUCAGUGUUCCCUGACACUGAUACAUUUGCAACUUGCUCUGAUGAUGGUACAUUAAGAGUUUGGUCUCUUCCUGAAAGAAAGCAAAUUGCUUUAAUUAAGACUAACUUAAAUAAAGAAAACUCUGAAACCCCUAGAGACCCAGCAACUGGUGAUUUCGCAGAUUCUGUUAAAGGAAGAGCCCUUGCCGUUUCACCUGAAGGUAAUACAAUUGUAGCAGGUUUUAAAGAAGGAACACUAAAAGAAUUCACUGUUAGUGGAGAAGGAUCAGAAAUGAAAUUAGAAUAAACAAAAGUUAUCAAGCAUGCUUAAAGAUGGAUAUCCGAUAUAAAAUUCUCACCAGAUGGUACAACUUUAGUAGCAGGAGCUCAUGAUUAAACUAUAUAUGCUUACAAUUUACCAGAUUGGAAACCCCGUUGCAAACCCAUGAAAAAGCACUCUUCAUACAUCACCCAUAUAGAUUUCUCAAGAUGCGGUAACUAUCUCCAUAGUACAUGUGGAGCUUAUGAGCUUUUAUUCUGGGAAGCAAACACUGGCAAAUAGCUAACAUCCGGUGCUAGCGCUCUUAAAGACGAAUUAUGGGCUACAUGGAAUGUCACUCUUGGAUGGCCAGUUCAAGGUAUAUGGCCUGAGUGUGCAGAUGGUACUGACAUAAAUGCAGUAGACAGAUCAAACUUUACCAUAGCUAAGAAUAAAGACAUUGAAAAAUCUUAUCAUUUAUUAGCAACAGGAGAUGAUUUCUCUCAUGUAAGAAUUCUUAGAUUCCCAUCACUAAAAAAGAGCUCCAAGGGUGUCAUAGGAUAUGGCCACUCUUCACAUGUCACAAACGUAAAGUGGACCAAAGAUGAUUAAUACAUAUACUCAACUGGUGGUGAAGAUUAAUGUGUCAUAAUUUGGAAAGUUGAUAAAAAAUGA